AUGGACAAGGAGGUUAGCGCCAAAGCUGGCUCUGUGACACAGAGCACCGGUUCAAGCAGUGCAAAUGCUUCUGGUUCAGGCAAUAUGGUUGCGCCCGGUUCUGGUGGUUCUUCUAAUAUCCCUAGGGAUGCUUUUGAGGCCAACACUAAGGCUUAUUUUGACGAUCUCCAUGCCAAGGAGAAGGCAAAUAAGUGA